AUGAAAUGUUUUAUAAAGGAUAUAAUUAGAAAUAAAUAUUUAUUUAAAAGGAUUCUAUUUGAAGUUAGAAUGUUAGUUUAUAAAGAGAUAAAUAGUGUUGGGUGGUACAUUUCACGUAACAAAGAAGAUAUACUAAUUGAAAAGGUAUAUAGAAACCAUUAUCUAUCAUUUAAUAAUGAGCAAUUGUUAAGAUUAUUUAAAACAGUUAAAAGCUCUUUCUUUGAUAAUGAUGAUGGUGACGAACUAUCAAACAAUGACCAUAUACUUGAAAUCAAUUCCUUCUAUAAAAUCUUUUUUAAAAAUUAUAAAAUUAUUGACCUUGAUAAAAAUGAUAAAACAAAUAAUAAUGAUUCAAUUAAAAGUAAUAUUGUUGGAAAUAAUAUACCAAAUUUAUUAAAUUUAAACAGUACAAAAUUUUCAAGAUCAAAUCAAUCACCUGUAUUACAAAAAACCAUAAAGGAAAUCAUAGAUUUAGCAUUACAAUCUAAUAAUAUAAACAUUAUUCAAAUAUCAAUUAAUAAUAACAACAGUAGUAUAAUUACAUGGGAAACACUUUUAAGUGCUGUAUCUUAUGGCUCAUUUAAAGCAUUUAGAUACCUUUAUGAAAACUUUUUUAAACAGCAACAACAACAACCUAUAUCAAGUACACAUCAAGAUAAAAUGUGGAAAAAUUUAGGUGAUAUUAGUAUCAAGAAGAGGUGUAAAUUUAUUAGAUACUUUAUAACUGAAAUAAACCUAUUUCCAACAACUAAUAAAAUGGUAACAUAUACAACAAAUGCUACCAAAACAACAACAGUAACAACGCUAACAACAAUUAAAAAAAUAUUUGAUGUUCCUCUAUUUAAUCAAGGAUUUAAACUAUCAAAUUUAAUUGAUUUUUGCACUUCAAUUGUAUUAUUAAUCAACAUUGAAAAGAUAGAUACAACUGAUAAUGAAGAUUCAUUAUUAUUAUCUUUAAAUGAUAUUCAAGAAAUUGAGUCCAAUAAAACAAAAACACAAUUAAAUUCAUUAAUUGAUAAUAUCUCAAAUGAUGAUAAAUCAAUUCAGAUACUAUCUAAAUUUUUUAUUUCAAUAAACAAUAAUAAUAAUUAUAAUAAUAAUAAUAAUAAUAAUAAUAAUAAUAAUAAUAAUAAUAAUAAUAAUAAUAAUAAUAAUAAUAAUAAUAAUAAUAAUAAUAAUUUUAAUAAAAUAAUUUAUUGGUUAAAAUAUAAUUCAAAUGAUUUAGAAUAUCUUGAAUCAUUUGAUAUUAAUGUACAUACAACUCAUCAACUAGCAUUUAAAUUCGGUAAUUUUGAAUUAUUUAAAAAAUGGUUACUUUAUUGUUUUGAUAAUGAUUUAAACUCAAUUUUAAUGAAUUAUCUUCAAUCUGUUUAUCAAUUUAACCCAACACCAAAACAAAAGCAACAGCAACACCAACAACCACAACCACCUCCUUUAUUUGAAUAUUGUAAAAAUGAUGAAAAAUCUCAAAUUAAAUUUAUUAAUGAUUAUAUUAGUUUAUUUUUAUCAUUAAAUAAUAAUAGAAUGGAUAAUGAAUAUAAAGAAUAUUUAAAAUCUAUGGGUAUAUUGUAUCUAUUAUUUGGUUUAAUAAAAUUCAAUAAUUUAAAACUUUUAAAAAUAAUGUUUCAACAUAUACAUAAUCAAGAUUUUAUUUAUAAAUUUGAAAAAUCUCAAAAAAUUAUCUUUCAAAAUUUAAUUGAGCAUAUAAAAUCAAUUGAAAUUUUAGAUUUUAUAAAUUCAAAUUAUUCAAAAUAUCUAAAUGAAGAUGGUUGUGAAAAAACUUUUGAAAUUAAAUGUUUAGAUCCAUUGAAUAUUAAUAUAUUGGAACAUUUAGAAUCAAUAUUACCAAAUGGAUUUGAAAUUAAAAUUAAAGAAUUAAAUUCAUCAUUACUUUUUCACAUAUUAAACAACUCAAAUAAUACAACAAAAGUAAAAAUUGAAGAAUUUGAAUCAAUAUCCUUCUCUGUAAGAUCAAAUAAUGAAUUACAAACUAUAAUUAAAAUAUUAUCAUUGGAUAAAUAUCAUUUUAAAUAUCAUUUAUAUAGACCAUUUAAACAUCCAAAAGAUUUGAAAAAUGAAAAUGAAAAUGAAAAUGAUUAUUAUUUCAAUCAUUUUAGAGACUAUUCACCAUUUAGAAUCUCAUUAUUUAAAUGGAUUUUUAAUAAUAGAAAAGAACAUUUACAUAGUAGCAAUGGUAGAUUAGAAAUUGAAAAGAGUGACCUUAAUGAAUUACUUUAUUUAAUUGGUGAAUUUAAUGAUCUAAUAACAAUAGAAAAACAAGAUGAUAGUUCAUUACGUUAUGUCUAUCAGAGAAUUGGUGAAAAAGGUGAUUUUAAAACAUUAAAGUUAUUAUUACAAUCUUUUAAAAUUUCAAAUGAAAAUUUAAAUAGAUUAUUGUAUAGUUCCGCUGAAUUUGGUAGAUUAGAAAUAUUUCAAUAUUUAAAGAAAUCAUAUCCAAAUAUUUUUCAAUCUUUCUUUGAUGAUGGUGGUUGUAGUAGUAUUAGUAGUAGUAGUAGUAUUGGUAGUGCUAUCAAUAUGUAUGGUGUUAAUUUUGGUGUCAGUGGUGCUGGUGGUAUUGAUCAAACAAUUGUUGAAGAUAAUAAUAAUAGAAUAAAAUCAACAAAUUUGAAUGAAAUCGAAUCAUAUAGUAAAUAUUAUUUUUAUGAUUUAAAUAAAAGAUGUGAUUUUAGUCAAACUGAUACAAUCCUUGUCACCAAUCAAUCCUUUAAAUCCUUUUCCCCAUUGAAAAUCCAAGAAUUAUUAAAAGAUCAAGAAUCAAAGUUUAACUUUUUAACUCAAAGAACUGGUUUCACUUCGACCUGGGAUGGUAGAAAUAGAAGUACUCCAAAUUCAAUUCAAAAAUGUUGUAUGAAAAAUAAUCAUAAAAAUUUAUUUCAAUUUUUAAAACAAUAA